GGUCCACACAAAAGGUUACAUACAGUUGCUUACCUACUGAAUAGAUCCUGUUACAGUCUCCGACCCUGUCGAUCGAGAAAGACCGUACGGCCCAUUCGCGGUUAACAGUCUUUCUUUCUAUCUUUUUUUUCAAUUUUUGAAUCCCCAAAUCCGUUUCAAUUUCCGAAUCCACUUUCAAUACUUGUCUGUCUCCCCUCCUCGAUCUAACCACCAGUUUGAAUUCCUCCAUUCCACGACCUGCUGUUCCUUAUUUAUCUUACAUCGAAUACUAAAUUUUUUUUUUCAUUUUUCUGUUCAUUUAUUUAUUUUUUUUUAUUUUGAGCUGGGUUUGGAUUAAUUUGGUCUGGGUUAGUCGUAGAAUCGUAAAUGGCGGGGGGCAAUAGUACGGAUCAAUUUGAAGCGUAUUUUAGGAGAGCUGAUUUAGAUGGUGAUGGUAGAAUUAGUGGAGCUGAAGCUGUGGCUUUCUUUCAAGGAUCUGAUUUGCCCGAACAAGUCCUCGCUCAGAUAUGGACAUAUGCUGAUCAAAGCCGCGCAGGUUUCCUUGGCCGGCAAGAAUUUUAUAAUGCUCUCAAACUUGUUACUGUGGCACAGAGUAAACGUGAUUUAACACCAGAUAUUGUUAAGGUAGCAUUAUAUGGUCCUGCUGCAGCCAAAAUUCCGCCUCCCCAGAUUAAUUUUGCAGCUAUACCUGCUCAACAAAUGCCUUCAAUGGCUGGUGCUUCUGCUCAGAAAAGUUCACCAAUGCCAACAACAACACCAACACCAACACCGAUGGCUUCUCAGGGUUUGGGUUUUAGGGGACCUGGAGUUCCAAAUGUGAGUACAAUGCAGCAGGCUCCUAGACCAUUUCAAGCUGCUCCCCAUCCACCUAUGGGAGGUAGUUUGCUGGGCCAAACUCAAACCAUGGCUGCAGGUAUUGCUCCCCAUCCCUCUCAACGCAUGCCUGGUGGUACUGCUACUUGUAAUGUUCCAAAUUCAAACACCUCAAAAGAUUGGCUUAGGAGUGGAAGGACUGCCGGACUUCCAACAGGGCCUAGAGCAGUUAGUCCAUCAACAUCCUCAUCUGCACUGAACACAUUGAGUCUAGUUUCACCAUCUUCUCAGCUUUUAACUAAUGAUUCUAAACCACUAGUUCUUUCUGGAAAUGGGAGCUCUUCUGCUUCAAGUUUUGGAGGGGAUGUUUUUGCUGCAAUCUCACCUACAGUAAAACAAGAGCCUGCUGUCUCUACCUAUUCAGCUAGCAGUUUACCUGCCUCAUCGGCCUCUGCUCCAGUUUCCAGGGAGACCCCCCAACCUUUAACUAAGCACAAUUCGCUUGACUCAUUGCAGAGUGCUUUCUCUAUGCAACCUGCAGGCAGCCAUAUUCAGCGAACCCAGUCAUUGAACCUGCCACAACAAGUUUCGUCUCAAAGUUCGUCAUCAUUUACUUCCUCUGGAAUUUCAGUUGGGGUAGGGAAUUCAACUCCUGAUGAUUCCCAGCUUACCUGGCCAAAGAUGAAACCUACUGAUGUUCAGAAAUAUACAAAAGUUUUUAUGGAAGUAGAUACUGACAGAGAUGGUAGAAUUACUGGAGAGCAGGCAAGGAAUUUAUUUAUGAGUUGGAGGCUACCAAGAGAGGUGCUAAAGCAAGUGUGGGACUUAUCCGAUCAGGAUAGUGAUAGCAUGCUUUCUUUGAGGGAGUUCUGCUUUGCUCUCUAUUUGAUGGAGCGAUAUAGGGAAGGCCGUCCUCUUCCAGCAGUGCUUCCAAGGAAUGUUAUGUUUGAUGAGACACUGUUGUCCAUGACAGGUCAACCAAAUCCUGCUUUUGGAAAUGCUGCUUGGGGUGCCAAUCCUGGUCAGCAGCCAGUGAUGGGUCUUCGGCCAAUUACUCCUACUGCUGGUUUGAGGCCACCAGUUCCAGUUACAGCCCACAAUGUUGACAAUGUGAUGAUGUUAAAUCAACAAAAGUCGAGAGCACCUGGGUUGGAUGAUCCUUUUGCAAACCAACUUGAUAACGGGGAGCAGAAUUCUGCAAACUCAGAGCUCCAAGAGGCAGCAGCUGAAGGAAAAAAGGUUGAUGAACCAGUGAAAGUGAUUUUAGAUUCCAGAGAAAAGAUUGAGUUUUACCGCACUAAAAUGCAGGAACUUGUCCUUUAUAAAAGCAGGUGUGACAAUAGACUAAAUGAAAUCACAGAGAGGGCACUUGCAGAUAAGCGUGAGGCGGAAUCACUGGGUAAGAAAUAUGAAGAGAAGUACAAACAAGUUGCAGAUAUAGCUUCUAAAUUAACUAUUGAAGAGGCCAAAUUUCGUGAACUUCAGGAGAGGAAAAUGGAGUUGCAGCAAGCUAUUGUCAAUAUGGAACAAGGUGGCAGUGCAGAUGGUAUUCUUCAGGUCCGUGCUGAUCGUAUACAGUCAGAUCUUGAGGAGCUGUUGAAGGCUUUAACUGAACGUUGCAAGAAACAUGGAGUAGAUAUUAAGUCAAGUGCGCUAAUUGAGCUUCCCUUUGGCUGGCAACCUGGAAUCCAAGAUGGAGCAGCUGUUUGGGACGAAGAGUGGGAUAAAUUUGAAGAUGAAGGAUUUGGCAAUGAGCUCAAUUUCAAUACGAAAAAUGCUUCUGCCUCACCAAAUGGUAGUUUAACUCCUGAUUCCUUAUCCAAUGUGGAUGAAAAACCCAAGAACUUGAUGAAUACUCGUGAACAUAUUCUUGAGAGUGAAUCUGCCUACACUCACAGUGAAGAUGAAUCGGCAAGAAGCCCUCAUGGAAGUCCUGCUGGAAGGUCUGCUCUAGAAAGUCCAUCUAAAGAAUUUUCUGAUGGCCCCUUUGAAAGGAGUAAUGAAGCAGAUGCAGAAACACAUAGAAGUUUUGAUGACUCGACAUGGGGUGCAUUUGACAAUAAUGAUGAUGUAGACUCAGUAUGGGGGUUUAAUCCCAAGGGCUCAGAUUCUGACAGUCACACAGAUCUAUUUGGAUCUAGUGAUUUUGGAGUUAACCCAAUUAGAACCGGAUCCCCAAGUGCUGGGAGCACCUUUCGGAAAAAGAGUCCAUCUACAUUCGAUGACUCUGUUCCUGCUACUCCAGUCUCAAAAUAUGGAAACUCUCCACCAAGAUACAGUGAUGCAUCAGGAUUUGACAGUUUCUCAAGGUUUGAUUCCUUCAGCAUGCAUGAUGGUGGUUUUUCUUCACAACCAGAGAGACUCACAAGGUUUGAUUCGAUAAAUAGUUCCAAGGACUUCAGCAAUGACAACAGUUUCACAAGAUUUGAUUCCAGAAAUAGUUCCAGGGACUUUGGCAAUGACAAGUUCUCAAGGUUUGAUUCUAUAAACAGUACUAGCGACUUUGGCCAUGAGAAACUAGCAAGGUUUGAUUCCAUUAACAGUACUAAAGACUUUGGCAACAGUCGCGGAUUCUACUCUUUUGAUGAUACAGACCCUUUCGGCUCCAGUGGCCCUUUUAAGGUCUCCUUUGACUCAAGCUCCAAAGAUAAUUUAUCACUGGACUCUAAGCACCAAAGAUAAGUUCUAUUUGGACUCGAACUCCAAAGAGAGAUUCUGUUCUGGCAAUAUCAAGAAAAGAGAAUAAACUUGUCUUCUCUGUUC